AAGUGGAAGCGAGAUAGAAUAGUUCCCGCACUAAUUUUUCAAAUUUCCUGUCUAUUCAAGUCAGUUAUUUCAAACACCUGUCAGUCAAAUCCCUCCAUUUUCGUAAAUAGGUUCCAGAUAAUUGUAACUGAAUUUCGAAAGUUCGUUAAACUUGUUUUACUAAUUUAUCUUUGUCUUUUGGUUUCAGGAAUAUAAAACAUGAGCAACACCAGUAUUCGAUUGGAAGACUUCACCAAAAUAGAAAAGGUCGGCGAAGGUACUUAUGGAGUCGUCUACAAAGGAAAGAACAAGAAGACUGGAGAGCUGGUCGCCAUGAAAAGGAUCCGGCUCGAAAACGAGGAUGAAGGUAUUCCAUCUACAGCUUUGAGGGAAAUGAGUCUCUUGAAGGAGCUCCGGCAUCCUAACAUCGUGUCUUUGAUUGAAGUUAUCAUGGACGAACCAAGGUUAUACCUUAUUUUUGAAUUCCUCUGCAUGGACCUGAAAAAAUACCUUGACAACAUCGAUCCUGGUAAAUACAUGGACCCAAAGCUAGUAAAAAGCUACUUAUACCAAAUUAACGAGGCGAUUCUAUUUUGCCAUCAACGUAGGGUCAUACAUAGGGAUUUGAAACCGCAGAAUUUGUUAAUUAGCAAGGACGGAUUAAUCAAGGUGGCCGAUUUUGGAUUAGGAAGAACGUUUGGAAUCCCUGUUAGAAUUUACACUCAUGAAGUUGUUACUUUAUGGUACAGAGCCCCUGAAGUACUUUUGGGAGCUCCUAGAUAUUCUUGCCCAGUUGAUAUUUGGUCGAUUGGUUGUAUUUUCGCGGAGAUGGCCAUGAAAAAGCCUUUGUUCCAAGGCGAUUCUGAAAUUGAUCAACUUUUCAGGAUCUUCCAGAUCCUGCGUACUCCAACAGAAGAAAUUUGGAAAGGUGUUUCUUCAUUGCCAGAAUACCACGCAAUUUUUCCCAAUUGGACCAAUUUUAACCUGGAAAAGUCAGUAAAGAAUCUGGAUGAUGACGGUGUUGAUUUGCUGGCGAAAAUGCUCGUCUACGAACCAGGCCAAAGGAUUUCAGCCAAAUCCAUUGCAGUGCAUCCAUAUUUUAAAAAUUUAGAUCUGAAAGUCAAACCUGUUAUCAUUGUGAAAGAUAAAUGAAUUUUGUAGCUUAGGCUUGUUUUAUAUUUUUUUCCAUCUUUGAUUUGGUUAUUAUUAUUUAUAUAAUAUUAUUUUGCUAUAUCUUUUCAUAUUGAAAUGACACCCUUUGAAUUUUGUGUUAAGAUUUAUCAUUUUCGUUAAUUCUGCCUAGUUUAUGAAAAACUUACAACUUUUAGCUCAAAAUGUGAAAGUAGAAAGUUAUAAAACAAUUGUUAUAAUUUUAAUUACUUGUUUCAAAGGAGUUUGAUUGUUCACUGUCAUGUUUUUUAAAGACUUUUAUUUCUCUAAUAAUAUAUUUUGGAUCUGAACCAUCCUGCCAUUAUUAUUUGUUCAAAAAAAUGACAGAAUAAUCUGGACGAUGGCUCAGUUGAUUCACUAGCAAAACUGCUCGUUCUACAAACCAAGGCAUAGGAUUUCAGCCAAACCCAUUGUAGGAAAUUCAUGUUUUAAAAAUUUAGAUCCAAAAGUCGAACUUUUCAUUGUUGUAAAAGAUAAACGAAUUUUGUAGCUUAUAGGCGUGUUUUUCAUUUUUUCCAUUUGAUUUGUUUAUUAUUAUUUAUGUAUUGCUAUAUUGCUAUAUUUUUUUAUAUUCAAAUGUGAACUUUUGACUUUUGUGCUAAGAUUUAUCAUUUUGGUUAAAAAACUAACAACUUUUAGCUCAAAAUGAGAAGGUGCAAAGUUAAUGAAACAAUUUUUUUUUCAGCUAUUUGCAUACACAAUCUUUGAUUGUUCACUGUCACCUUUUAUAAAGUUUAGAUCUCUUUAAUUAUUAUAGGUACCUACAUUUUGAAUCUGAACUAUCUGCCAUUAUUUUUCUUUCGAAAAACUGUCAGAAGUAUUUUUAUGUUGUGCCAUAAUGGCCAUAUGUUUGUGUAAGUACAUAUUAACUUUUAGAUAGGAUUCAGAUGAUUUGUAUUUUUCUAUUACAUAAUAUAUUAUAAAUGACUCAAUUUUUGUUUUCAUGGUAUUUUUUGGGGCUUUUUUAUCUACCCAUUUUCUCUGAAAUUAUUGCAUAACUCGUGUCAAAUUUAAACAAAUAACCCGAAAGGGAAAAGCAAAGUUCAGGUAGAGUUUAAAUUCCAACUACUUUUAUUGGGGUACACGUAAUUUGGUUCCCAAGAUAAUGAGGGUUAGAAAAAAAUAUGUAAGUUGGUUCCCGCAACAAACGUGGAUUACCA